AUGUUGAAAAGUUCGGUCAGGGACUAUGUAGCCCUCUUUGGGCGAACCGGCAACGCCAUGUGGUGGCAGAACGCGCAGCCGGUAGGGAGAGCAAUCUGGGCACGGAAUCUGUCGACCCAUACGCAGAGUCUGGUCAGGACAGCAGGCUCGAGACAACUAGCAUCGCUACGCCCUCAGAUUGCGAGGAAUCUGCCAAAAGCCCGAACCAGUCCCCUGCGGAGCUCGAGGCGCAAUUUUCACAACACAUCUCGCCUGCGAGACGCCAAGAAUGCGGCAAAGGAAUCGAGUACAAAGGAGGCAGAGCCCCAGGGACUGUCUGCAAGAUUGAAGAAACUUUCCCGCGAGUAUGGGUGGACGGCCGUGGGAGUAUAUCUCGCUCUCAGCGUUCUCGACUUUCCAUUCUGCUUCUUAUUGGUACGCAUCGUGGGAACAGACAGGAUAGGGGAGAUUGAGCAUUGGAUCGUCUCCAAUGUCAAAAAGUUGAUCCCGAAUUCGGUGCAGGAGAGGUGGACCGCAUAUCGUAAAGCUCUCAAGGACAAUGAGCAGGAGACCUUUGGCAACAAUAAUAUCAGCGAACAUGCCGAGAUGGCGGGCUGGGGCGUCGAGGAAGCCCAAGCUCGGAAUCGAGCGGAAGCCAGCCUGGGAACGCAACUAGCGCUGGCAUACGCUAUACACAAGAGUUUCAUCUUCAUCCGGGUGCCCCUAACAGCGGCCAUAUUGCCCAAGGUUGUCAAAGUCUUGCGAUCCUGGGGUUGGAACAUUGGCAAGAAGGCCAAGCCGUGA